AUGUCAAAGCUUUCCGCCAACCUCAAGGCAUUGAUCAAUUCACCAGCUGCUCGGCCACACACGGUGCCGGCACCAGCAAAUAUCGUUUCUGUCUACCACAAAAUCCAGCAGACUGCCGCGGCCCAGCAUGUGUCGCAGCCCUCAUGGGUCGCGCUGUCGACUGCAGCCACAAUGACUAUGAACUCCCCGGAGUCCCUCGCUGCCUUAUACAACGUCGCGGCCAGCACCUCCAAUAACAGCAUUAGCGUCGAAACAGCCGAGCUGAUGCGCGAAGUCGGACUGAAAUGUAUCAGCUUCAACGGCAUUCCCCGCACUAUCAACUGCCUCAACGCCUUUCGUGCUGGGCUCCCAGACUCUGUCGCAGCCCAACUCUCCCGCGCCCCGACUCGCACCCCAAACCCGGACAAUAUCGCCGCGAUUAGCGCGCGUGGCCGAGCCCUGUGGGACUCGAUCUACCGGCCCUUCGAGAACAAGCUAUACUCCAAGCUGGCUGAGUCACACCCUGAUUUGCCAGUGCACAUCCUGCACGCUAACUACGGUGCCUUGCUCUCCGACCCAGUCCGGUCGACCGGUGCCUCCGCCGGGCGCGUGCUGACUUCCAUUGUGGCAGUGGCCUGUCUGCGGGCUCAGACAGGGGUCGGGCCACAGGUUCUAUCGCACGUGUUUGGUCUCCGGAAGGCGCUGGAGGAUGGGAGCUGGGCGGAUGAUGUGGAGACAGAGCAAGGGGCGCGGUGGUUGGCUAGCGACGAAGGAAAUGCGUGGAUCUUAAGCAGCGUGGAUGCCAUUGUGGAGGCGAUCAGCGGAGGCACUGGAUCGAACUUCGCGCCGGGAAAGGCCAAGUUGUAG